AUGGCGGAUUUUCUCCUCUUCGAGGGCCCCGUGGGCUACUCGCUUUUUAAAGUCAUUCACAAGCCCGACUCUGUCGGAAAUAGACUGAAGGAGGUUCAGGCUGCUAACCAGGACCUUGCGAAAUUUGGGAAAAUGGUCGAGGUCGUCAGUUUCUUGCCUUUCGAGAAUAAUAAGCAAGCGCUCAGCGAAAUCAACGACGUAUCCGAAGGUGUCGCUUCCGAGACGUUAAUCUCGUUCCUUGAACUCAAUUUACCAAAAGCGAGCAAGAAAAAGAGUGUGGUGAUGGGUGUCUCCGAUAAAGGUUUGGCUGGUAGCAUCAAGGUGGCGUUUCCAUUCGUAGAGUGCGAAACUGGUGACACCAGCGAGGUUGUCCAGGAUAUGCUACGAGGAAUUCGAAUGCACUCGGGAAAGCUUCUUAAACAGCUCCGUGAGGGUGAUAUCAAUACUGCACAGUUGGGUCUUGGUCAUGCCUACUCUCGUGCAAAAGUCAAGUUCUCGGUCCAACGCGACGACAAUCACAUCAUUCAGGCUAUUGCUAUUUUGGAUCAAUUGGACAAGGCCAUUAACACUUUCUCCAUGAGAGUGCGGGAGUGGUACUCAUGGCACUUCCCAGAACUGGUUAAGAUUGUAUCUGAUAACCACCGUUACGCUCGCUGCGCCCUCUUUAUCAAGGACAAGAAAGACCUCUCCAAAGAUAAGCUGCAUGAUUUAGCUGCCAUUGUGGAUGAUGACAAGGGUAUCGCUACUAGCAUUAUGGAUGCCGCCAAACACAGUAUGGGUCAGGAUAUCACAAGCACAGACAUGGAGAACGUCAUCGCUUUCGCUGAACGUGUUGUCAGCCUUGGAACUUAUCGCAAGAACCUCCAUGCAUACUUGGUUAACAAGAUGAGCGUUGUUGCUCCAAACUUGGCUGCCCUUAUUGGAGAGGUUGUUGGUGCUCGCUUGAUCUCUCACGCCGGCAGUUUGACUAAUCUUUCUAAAUACCCUGCCUCAACUGUACAAAUUCUUGGUGCUGAAAAAGCCCUUUUCAGAGCUCUUAAAACCAAGGGCAAUACCCCUAAGUACGGUCUUCUAUACCAUUCCUCUUUUAUUGGCCGCGCCGGUACCAAGAACAAAGGUCGCAUCUCACGGUUCCUCGCAAACAAGUGUUCUAUUGCGUCAAGGAUAGACAACUUUUCUGAGACACCAUCCACAGCAUUCGGAAAUGCUCUUCGACAACAAGUAGAAGAAAGACUCGAAUUUUACGCCUCUGGUGCUGCUCCUACCAAAAAUGAAGUCGCAAUGAAAACUGCUAUGGACUCUAUCCUUGCUGAUAUCGAGGUUGACGGUGACGGUGAUGAAGAUGUUGAAAUGGAAGAUGUUGACAAGGCUGAGAAGAAAGAAAAGAAGGAAAAGAAGAAGGAAAAGAAGGAAAAGAAAGAGAAAAAGGAGAAGAAAGAGAAGAAAAAGGAGAAGAAGGAUAAGGCAGCCGGUGCAUCUGAUGCCGAAACUGAUGCUACACCUAAGAAGAAGCGGAAACACGACGCAGAAGCUGGAUCCGAGAAGAAGAAGAAACAAAAGAAGUGA